AUGUCCAGCGCAGACCUUGCUUGCAUUCCUGCAGGCCAACCAAUGAGCAACUUGGAAAGGCUGAAGAGCCUCCAGGCUGGUCUGUCAAAGAACCUUGCGGCAGUGACUCGGACGCUCUCCGGAUCCAAACAAAUCAUCGAGGAUGCAGAGACAGAAGUCGUAAAAUAUUUCGCUACCGUCCCGACAGACGAGUUGUCAUCCAAGAUCGCCUUCACCUUCAAGCGCUUCGACUCCGAUCAAGGCGGCUUCCUCACGAGCGAGCUGACGAGAUCCAGGAAUGACCUGGCGAGGGCGUUUGCGUUCAUGGGGAAGCGGGUGAGCACGGAGGAGAUCGAGGCGUUGAUGGACAUCUACGACACCAACCGGGACGAUCACAUCGACUCGGGGGAGUUUGAGCACAUGGUGCGGGUCAAGCUCAAGAUCCCUUGCAAGCCCGACUGUCAAACCUGCAAGAAGAUGUUCUCGUCUCCGAGCAGCAGGCCGGGAACAUCCGACACGAGCGUACGAAGUCCGUCGGUGGUUUGCAAGUACGAUUGCGGUUUCACGGGGACGGUAAGGCAGGUAGCAGAGCAUGAGUGUAGCUGCCCGCUGGCUCCAUCAUCGUCGACCUCUAACUCCAAGUUCUCCUCGAACAAGACCAAGUCAAGCCUAUUCAACCGAACCCCCUCGGACCCUACGGCUAUGAGGGCAAGAAGGCAGACGGUAGCACUGGCGCGCCGCAACACGAAGUUCUAUCAUGUGCACGACAACGAGGGUGAAAGCACAAUAGAGCAACGGCUGAGGAAACUCGAGCAGACAAUCUCGAGCCAUGAGAUCUCGAUAUCGCGGACGCUCUCGACAGGAAGCAGCGUCCUGGAGAACAACAGCAUGGUUGUCUUCGGAAGGCUGAGCGGCCUGUCGCCAGAGAAGUUCGCGCAGAAGGUGCAAGACUUGUUCAAGUCCAUCGACGUCGACGGGUCCAACUCGCUCUCUCGGUACCAUCCGACCUGCCGGUCGGAGCUGCAUAGCGCGUUUGCUCGGAUGGGGCAUGCCAUGUCGAGCGAGAGCCUGGACAAGUGGAUAGCGAGCUGCGACUCGGACGGGAACGGGGAGCUGGACAUGGAGGAGUUUUGUCACAUCGCUUGCAAGGUGAACAAGUACCGCUGCCCGGCCACCUGUCCGGUAUGCAAGCGGUCACCGGAGAAGGACGUGGACGACGACAAGGCUGCGGAGGAGAAGCGAAGGCUCAACUACGCUCAGCUGAUGAAAGAAGUCAUAGAGCCAGUGUGCAACCUCGCAGCGAUCUACAUCAAAGCGCAGGACGCAGACUUCGACUUCAAGACGAUCGAGCCCUUCAUGGAGAUCGUGACCUUCAGCGACGGCAACAGAAUCUCCAAGAGCGGCAGCCUCACGGAGUCCAUCAUCUUCAUCCUCCGCGGGCGGGUGGAGAAGCGGAAGAACAACGUCAAGCUCUCCAUGCACAGCCGAGGGGAUCACUUCGGGUCGCAGGAGAUCCUAGAGCACAGGCCCCGACCGCACGACCUGAUCGCUUGCGGGGCGUGCACGUGCUCGCAGCUGAAGCAGAGCCAUCUGAAGCGAGCUGGGGUGAUGCUGAAGCAGCUCGUGGAGCAGUUGGAACACACGAUGCUUGAUCACAGGCCGAAGGAGGCGGAAGCGACGUCGACAGUCUCACAAGGGGGCAGCGCUAUCAAACCGAUCGCUAACAAGAUUGAGAUAGUUCACAAGAAGCAAGAAGCUGCGCCAGGAGCUGGAGGGAUAGACAGCCCGAACACCAAGAAAGAUCUUCAAGACGUUCUGAGUCAAGUUGGGUCCCUGCUGGCUCGCGUGCCCUCCUUGAAAGCGACCAACGCCUCCUUCUUCGGCUCCCUGAGCGGGUUGAGUGGGAUGGAGUUCUCUGCCAAGCUCAGAGAGAUCUAUGACGUGAUGGACGCGGACAAGAGCGGCAAGAUCGACCGGAACGAGAUCCAGGAUGCUUUCCGCAAGAUGGGGAAGGAGAUCUCGGAUGAGACGCUGGACAGCUUCAUCGAGCAGACGGACGUGGACGGGGACGAGCAGAUCGACCUGGAGGAGUUCGAGCACCUUGCGAGGGCACUGUACGAGCUUGACUGCGUGGAGGGCUGCAAGGUGUGCCGGAUGUUCCCUACGUUGCAACGUGAAAAGAAAGCAAAGAUGAGAAGCAUGAUAGAGACGUCGAGCCUGCAAACUUUCUCGACGACGCUGAUGGACGGGUGGGCGCUACAAGAUCAGCUGAAGGGGAUGAUCGAUGACAGCUUCACUCGCCACUACUCCACUGAAGCCACCCUCGUCGACUCCUCCUCGUUCUCCUCCUCGUCCUCCUCCUCGUCCUCCUCGUCAGUGGUCAGAUCCAACAGCGAUCAGUCGAACUUGCGUGUCUCAUCAUCUUCCGACGACAACAAGCAGGAUGAGGAGAGGAAGGAGGAAGUCGCGCCAAAGCUCGAGAGCAGAGAGGAGCGGAUGCGACGCAUGGCAGACGAGCUUAAGAUGGAGUCAGCCAAGAUGCACAACAGGAGGAGAAACUCCGAGCUCCAUCACAUCGAGUUCCGCAACAAGAUCGACAGGGACAUCAACUUGGCCAAGAGCUACGAGAAAGGAGCGGGAGGGUCGGGCAUGACGCAGGCACAGCAGACUACCAACGAACUUCUGCACAUGUUUGAGAAGGCGAAAAGGUUAGGGUAUGUGAGGGACGGUGAGGAUGUAGAGUAG